AUGUGGGUUAAUUUGAAGGCUUUUUUUGACUUGGUGGUUGGAGGUCUUUCGGUGGCUAGAGAAAGUUGUUCAAGGAACAUGGAAGCUUAUCAUGAUCAUCCAAUCCCAGAGCUUCCAACUGAAAUCAUAUUCUCGCAUAUACUCCCACGGUUACCAGCAGAAGAUCUGAUGAUGCGGUGCAGGUGGGUAUGCAAGUCUUGGCCCUCCCUCAUCCGCAGUCCUUCCUUUGUCGCAGCCUUCUUGAACUUUCGCUGCAGGGACACCACUCACUUCCUUUUCAAAUACAAUAACCGCUACUUCUCGUCAAAAAUAGAGCAACAAGGGAAUGCUCCAACACCCGUCGCCGAACUUCCAUACCUGACUCAGUGCAUAGCUGUCAAAGGCAGUUUUCAUGAUGAGAAAACUGUGCAUGGCUUGGUUUGUGCAUCCACUUGGUUUGGCCCUGUUUUCAUACUUAACCCUACCACUCGAGAGUCUAUUGAAAUUCCCCGUACCGAUGUACUUAUAGAAACACAAGGAUCGUCCAUGGUCAAGGCAUCCGCUAACUAUAACUUUGGGUUCAAUCCACUCACAAACGAGUAUAAGGUUCUCCAGUUCAUCUGUGUUGAUCCCAGGGGACUUAGAAAAUGGGAUUUUGAGUUGAACAUAUUCACAAUAGCGCGUGGGAUAAGAAAUGAUGGAGUGUACAUCAAUGGGGCGGUACAUUGGCUCCAUAAGAAGAAGAAAGUGAUAGUGGCAUUUGACGUUAGAGAGGAGACAUUCAGAUUGGUGCCGCUGCCCCAAGAUUAUGUUCAAGUGUUGGAUGAUUAUGAUGAUUAUGAAAGUGAUCCUGAUUGUUAUCCCCGAGGAAGUGCACGUGUAGUUGAGGUGGGGGGAUGUGUGGGUGUGUUUGUUGACAAGUCAGACAGGAUCGUGUUAUGGAUUUCGAAGGACUAUCAAAAUCAUGUCUGGAUUAAGCAGACUGUUAGCUUGAUGCCCAGAGACGAACGUGAUAUGAGAUAUGAUCGGAAGAUAGCGGAUCAAUUAGGAUAA